AUGUACCCCAAGAACAGGACAGGGGAAGCACCGAACUCGCGCCCGGUGGCGCCCGAGGAGAUCGAGCUGGACAUAGUAACGGUGCUUGCCGAUCCUGCUGCGCCUGCUGCCGACAGCACCCUUGCGGUGCCACCGACCGUCGACCAGUCUGAGGUCAUGGCCACCGUCGACGAGUUGACCUCGGGCAUCUUUGACGACGACGACACUGUUGACAUUGCCGCGCUGACUGGCCCGCCCAAGCCCACUGCAGGCCCGCCACGCCCCACCGCCGCACCCGGUGAGAACUACGGCCUGCAGACCAUGGGCGAGACUGACGAGAUUCUGCGCCUCAUCGCCCAGUCGGCCGCAGGCACCCCGACCGCCGCAGCCUCGUCAGGCCUGGGCUCGCCCGCCCUCGGAUUGCCAGCAACAGGCACCUCUGCACUGUCUGGCGCACCGGCUCCGCGCCGCCCGCCGGCCCGCCGCUCUUCGCCGACGACGCCUGGCCCGCCGCGCCCAGGUGGCCCGCCGCAUCCCGAUGGCCCGCCGCGCCCAGGUGGCCCGCCGCGCCCUGGUGGCCCGCCGCGCCCAGGUGGCCCACCGCGCCCAGGUGGCCCGCCGCGCCCGGGUGGAGAGUCCGCCGUCCCUCCCGUCGGCCUUGCCACCGCUAUGGAGACUGACGAUCUGCUGCGGCAAAUCGCAGAGCAAGCCCGUGCUGCCGGUGCAGCAGCCGCCAACCCCGACAACACCACGCUGUAG